AUGGUUUCUAAAGUGUUUUGUUUGUUAGUCUGUUUUACUUUAACUGUGCAAUUGGUUUACACUCAAGAGGAUUUUGAUGAUGGUCUUUCUGGAAUCGGUGGAUUAGAUCAGGGUGGACAGGGAGGUCUUAGUGAACUUGGUCAAGAUGGUCAAGGAUUUGGUGAACUUGGUCAAAGUAACCAAGGUGGACAAGGACUUGGUGGACUUGGUGGACAAGGACUAGGAGGUCUUGGUGGUUUAGGUGGACAAGGUGGUCAAGGUGGACAGGGAGGUCUUGGUGGACUUGGUAAUCUAGGAGGUCUUGGACUUGGUGGUUUAGGAGGUAAUCAAGGUUACGGUGGUCAACAAGGUUAUGGUGGACAGCAAGGAGGUCUUGGUGGAUUAGGAGGACUUGGUCAAGGUUUAGGUGGUCUUGCUGGUCUUGGUGGUGGUCAACGAGGCUUAGGUGGACAACAACAAGGUGGUCUUGGAGGAUUAGGUGGACAACAAGGGUUAGGUGCUUUAGGAAAUGCUCUUGGAGGUAUUGGUAAUCUUUUGGGUCUCGGAGGAUUAGGUCAACGAGGAGGUGCCGGUGGUCUUGGUGGUGGUCAAGGUUUAGGUGGAUUAGGUAAUCUUGCUGCUCUUGGUAGCCAAGGAUUAGGUGGUGGACAAGGAGGUAACCAAGGUUUGGGAGGACUUGGUGGUCUUGGUGGUUUAGGAGGUGGACAAGGUCUUGGUGGCGGACAAGGAUUAGGACAAGGUCUUGGUGGUGGUCAACAAGGUGCCGGUUUAGGUAAUCUAGGAGGUCUUGGAUUAGGUAAUCUUGGAUUAAGAAAAAAGUAA